AUGGCAGCUGCACCCAAACCUCCAGCAGAGGCAAAGCCCUCUAAGAAGGCAUGGCGGCGUGCCACCUCCUUCGCUCGUCUUCUCGUCUACGGCAACCCCUCCUCCAAGGACAUAAUUAUCCUAGCCAUUGGAUUCCUCGCCGCAAUUGCCUCCGGAGUUCCAUUCCCUAUUAUGUCCAUUGUCUUUGGACAGCUGGUCAAUGGGCUGAACUCGGCCACCUGUGAAAUCAGCCCCGACAGCGCGUCUUCCUACCAGGACGGGAUCAACUCCAAGAUUCUGUUAAUUGUAUAUGUUGGCAUUGCCUACUUUCUUCUUAUCUAUAUCUAUACACUGUGUUUCAAUCUCAGUGCCGAGCGACUGGCUCAGCGUCUGCGAGAAAAGUAUCUGAGCGCCAUCUUGCGCCAAGAUGCGGCAUUCUUUGACAAGCUGUCUGCGGGUGAAGUGUCUUCGCGGAUCACAGGAGAAAUAUUCACUGUGCAGCAGGGUACAAAUGAGAAAGUGGGCCUUGUGAUCAACAGUGUCUCCUUCUUCGUGGCUGCCUACGUUGUCGCCUUCAUCAAAGACGCUAAGCUCGCCGGUAUGCUGGUCUCUCUUACCCCUGCGUAUCUGAUCAUGGCGCUGGGUGGUGGAUACUUUGUGCAGAAGUACUUUGGACGUUCGCUCGAGAGCACCGCCAAAGCUUCCUCGGUCGCGCUGGAGGCUUUCUCAAAUAUCACCGUUGUACACGCGUUCUCGGCCAAUGCGAGACUAGAAGAGAAGUUUAUUCAGGUGUUGAACCCAGGCCUUUCGGCUGGCGUGUGGAAGUCCAUUGCCAUGGCUGCCCAAGCUGGACUGCUAUAUUUCAUCGCAUUUUCGGCGAAUGGUCUUGCAUUCUGGCAGGGGUCCAGGCAGAUUGCGAGUGCCGUCGAGUCGAACACGGGUGGCAUCACUGUCGGAGCGACAUUCACCGUGAUCCUGAUCCUGGUAGACGCCUCUCUCGUCCUCAGUCAGGCCGCCCCCUUUCUACGUACCUUUGACUCUGCAGCCGUGGCAUUUGCCAAGCUAGAAGCUGAUAUGGAUCAUGUAUCGAGCAUCGAUGGUACAUGUGAGCACACCGGACAUGUUCUAUCGGAGGUCAAGGGAGAUAUUGAGCUGCGAAAUGUCUAUUUCACAUUCCCAUCACGCCCAGAGAAGACUGUGCUGCAAGAUAUAUCACUGACCUGUCCUGCUGGUCGGCAAACGGCCAUUGUGGGACUUUCAGGCAGUGGUAAAUCCACUGUAGCAGGCUUGAUUACUCGACUUUACAACUCAACAGAAGGUGCUGUGCUUCUAGAUGGUCAUGAUGUGAAAGACUUGAAUGUCCGGUCAGUCCGGGGGGAGAUUAGUCUUGUGCAGCAGGAGCCGUGCCUUCUUGAUCGAUCCAUCCUCGAAAAUAUCGCGCUUGGCCUGGUAAACUCUCCUAAACACAGACAUCUGCAUUCGAUCCUCAUGACUGAUGCCCUUGUCCACGUUGCGGAGGCUCUUUGUGAUGGUCUGGAUACUGAAUCGGCGUCCCAAUCACACGGGGGCCAAGUUCAAGAAAUUGUGCAACUGGUCCUGAAUGCUGCUUCUUUGGCAGAUGCGAUCGGCUUCAUCCAAAAUCUACCCGAAGGCUUUGGAACAUCGGUCGGUGCAAAAGGCCAUCUCAUCAGUGGAGGCCAGAAGCAACGUAUCUCGCUCGCCCGCGCCUUAGUCAAGGAUCCACGCAUUCUGAUUCUCGACGAGGCCACUGCCUCGCUUGACUCAGCAUCAGAGCUGCGUAUCCAAAAGGCUUUGGAGAAUGUGGCAGUAGGACGCACUGUGAUUACGAUUGCUCAUCGACUUUCCACGAUCAAAAAUGCGGACAACAUCAUUGUCAUGCGUCAAGGAAAAUUGGUGGAGCAAGGAACACAUCACGGGUUGCUUGAGGCUGACGGGGCAUACGCCGAGCUUGUUCGUCUUCAGAAUCUGAACGUUAAUGGAAGUGAAAAUGAUUCCACGGAGCUGACUUCGGAGCAUUCAAACUCUUCGACCCAGGAGCUUUAUGAAAAGUCUAGGGCCUUAGACACCUCGGCCGCAACCGAUAUUACAGUAACAGACAAGAAAGAAACACAGGUCGUGAUCCAGCGACCCACUACAGAUGACAUUGCGGGCCAAAAAACCAUGACAUCGACAUUGAGGUCUAUGUGCGCUCUCUUUCGGCCGUACACCUUUGUGCUUGUCAUCGCAAUCGCUGGAGCCGUGGUCAUUGGCGGUACAUACUGCGGCUCGGCUGUGAUCUUUGGCAAUAUUGUGGGCAAGCUCAGCUACUGCGAGCAACCGAGUUCGAUUCGUCAUGCGGGUGAGCUCUUCGGAUUACUCUUUUUUAUGUUGGCUAUCAUCGAAUUCAUCGCCAAUUUCCUCAGUUGGUCUCUUUUCGGCUGGGUCGCCGAGCAGAUCAUUUACAAGGUGCGAGUUCUCACGCUGCGGUCAAUUCUGGAGCAGGAUAUGGCCUGGCAUGAGGAAGAGCACCAUAAUGCUUCUCUUCUGCUUGAUUUAAUCACCAAAGAUAGUACGGCACUGGGCGGCCUCACCGGUUCCGUUGUCUGUACAAUUCUCUCCAUUUUUGUCAGUCUCAUCGCGACCAUCACCAUGACACACAUCAUUGCUUGGAAAAUCGCAAUUGUGUGUCUUUCGGUUGUACCGCUACUGUUGGGUGCAGGGUAUAUGCGCGUUAGUACGCUGACCAGCUUUGAGGAGCAGCAUCUCCAGGCUUUUGCAAAUUCCAAUGCCAUUGUCGUUGAAGCUAUCAAUUCGAUCAGAACUGUGAUGUCUUUGUCGCUGGAGCAUGAGAUUAUCGGUACAUACCGUCGCUCAUUGCAAGCUCCCAUGAGCCAGAUCACUAAACAGAGUGCAUGGGCAAAUCUCUGGCUAGCAGUCGGUUAUGGACUGAGCAACUUCCUUUAUGCGCUCGCCUACUGGUGGGGCUCAACUCGCAUCAUCGCCGGCGAAUACACCCAAACUCAAUUUUUCAUUGUUCAACUCGCUUUGCUAGUGAGCUCCCAGCUAUGGGGACAAACUUUCGCUCUUGCGCCCGAUGUCUCGCGUGCGUUUCAAGCUACGCGUCGCUUGUUGGAUGUGCUUGAUCUAGGCUCAUUCAAGAAGCUCUCCUCUGCUCUCACGCCAAUGAGGGAUAUCGAAGCCACUCCCGAGUCAAGUGAGAAGACACGGUCCAUGGGCGAUGGUGUUAGUGUUGCUUUUAAACAAGUAACAUUUUCCUAUCCAGCACGACCGGAGACUCGCAUUUUGCACGGCCUGGAUCUGAACGUCCAGAGUGGACAAUUCGCCGCAUUGGUUGGGCCCAGUGGUGCCGGCAAGUCAACCAUCAUCUCGCUCGUGGAGCGCAUGUAUAAUCCAGAGUCGGGCAUGGUUAAAAUUGGUGGGCAUAACAUCGCAUAUGGAGACAACUCAUUCCGACAUGAGAUCGCAUAUGUUCCACAGCAGAGUGUCAUGUUUGACGGAACAAUCCGCUUCAACUUGACGCUCGGCGCGCAACCCGGGCGGUCAGUGUCCCAUGAGGAGCUUGAAGAAGCCUGCAAACUAGCCAACAUUCACGACACAAUCAUGCAGUUGCCUGAUGGGUAUGAUUCACAAUGUGGGCCUAACGGGGACCGACUGUCUGGCGGUCAGAAACAAAGGUUGGCGAUUGCACGGGCACUCGUCCGAAAGCCGAAGCUCUUGCUAUUGGACGAGUCGACGAGUGCCCUGGAUGCAGAGUCAGAGCGGUUACUGCAAGACGGCUUAGAAAAGGCGACAAAAAACAUGACUGUCAUCGCCAUCGCACAUCGGUUGUAUACCAUUCGCCGGGCAGACGUCAUCUUUUUGAUUGAAAAUGGACGCUGUGUUGAUCAGGGAACUCAUGUGCAGUUGAUGGAGCGCAAUGAGAGCUACCGGGUGAAUGCGCUCAAUCAGGCGGUUGGUGAAUGA